AUGAUUCGUAUCGCCUCGCCUCCAUCCUCGCGCACACUCUCUCCUAUCUCUCCGCUCCGUCUCGUUCCUCAAACUGCCUCUUCUUUCUGGUUACCACUGCCAUUCGAAAACGGCCAUCUGACAGGUUGUCGUCUUCCCUCUCAAACCCCUCUUUCUUCUCUGUUUUGACAGCACCACCUUCGAAAUAGAUUCAGUUUCUGCCGUGGUCACUCUCAAAAACAUGCUUACUUCUUAUCUUCUUAUGCAUCUGAAUUUCAGCAAGAAUGAGCGUUGUCGAGACCACCACUGAGAUGAAGGCUGGACAUCCACCAGCAACCAUUGUCGGAGGCCGUCGCGUUGUCAACCGCAAGGAUCGCAAGCUCUCGGACUCUAUGGACCACAGCAACUCGGAGAGCUCUGAUGACGCCGUGCGCGAGAUUAUCGACUGUGAUCUUCCGGCUAAGGUAACACUGGCUCUAUUCAAUUUGAAAUGCCAAUUAAUGCUUCAGAUGGAGAAGUCGUAUCCGACAAUCUCGGUGAAGAGGACACACGAGAAGCCGGUGCCAACUCUUCAGGAGCUGCCACGUCAUCAACGUGGAGCCCACCAAGGAGGACACGUCUUCCAGCCACGCAAACAGACCCACUAA